AUGGCGGCGCCGUUCUGCCUCUGCAGGCAUUCCACGCCAUCCUGGAGGACCUGGGCCUCGAGGAGGACUGACAGCGACGCCGCCCACUUCCUCAUGGACAACGUUCACGUCUCGCGCGAGCACGGGCUCUUCAGCUACGAGCCCCUGUUGCAGAUGCUGGGCCUGCCCACUCCAUACUCAGGCGGUGGUGACGACGUGGGCGGCCACGAAGAACCGCCGCCAUCCGGCGGCGCGGCCUCUCCCCGGCCGAGCUUGGGCGAAGCCAUCUCGCCCCAGCCAGGCUGCGAGCCAAUAGCCGAUCCGCCACGGCAUGCAUGGACCCCUCGCUCCACCGACAUGGCGUCCACUCCCGCGGACGCGGCGAGCCCAGGCACCGAAGGAGACCGCUCCUUCCCGCUGGAGGCGGCGGCGGCGGAGGGCCGCGCGGCGCGGGCAGCCCCGCCGCUGCAGGCCGCGGCCGAGGACCCGGAGGGCAGCGCGGCCGCCCGCCCGGAGGAGACCGAGCAGGAGUUCUGGGCCAGGCAGGGCCCCGGCAUCCAGCGCCUCUUCUCCGCGUGGGAUGCGAACCAGCUGGCGAACGAGGCCUUCCUGGCGAUGCUGCAGUCGCAGCUCGGUGACCGCGUGGACAUCUCCCGUCCAGACAGCGAGUUCCUGUACGUCACCAACAAGCACAGGUCGGCCCGGAACAUGGGGUUCGCCGCGCUCAUGUCCGCCUUGCGGCGGGACGCGAAUCUCCGCCCCGCGCAGGAUAAGGCUCUACGGCGAGCCGACGCCCCCGCCGUCCUGCGUCAGGUCGGUGGCGGGGCGCUGCUGGCAGGAAGAGGCGAGGCGCGGCUGCUCCGGGCCCCCCAUUUCUCGGGCAGGAGGCACGCCGCCAUGCACCAGCUCGACUGCGCGAGCCAGGCCUCGGUGCCGCCCACGCCCCUCCACGCGGCUGGCAAGGCCACCGGUGCCGUGGUCGUGCCCGGCGCGCAGAGAGGUGGUCGCAAGCACUACCCGUACGGCUCCGACCUGGGCGAUUCCUCCAUUCCUCCCUCCCCAGGUGCCGAGUCGCGCAUCGCCUGGGGCGAGCCCCCUACUGGCGAAGGCUCGUGUUCGAGCACGCUCAGGCUGCAGACGGCGGACUCCGUCCGACCCGGCGCCCGCGCAGCGGCUGCGCUGGCGGCGGACGCCGCGGACGAUGCGCGGUCCGUGGGCGGGGAGUCGGUGCUGUCCGAGCUGACGCGGCGAGACCGCCGCGGCCACGGCAACAUCCUGACGUGGGGCGGCGACAGCCGCGACGUCACCCCCACGCGGAGGAGGCUGCAGGGCCGCGCGCCUGGCCAGCAGCGCCGCGCGGACUGUGACCGCAUGUGGUGA